AUGCUCUACAAAAAUUACUUAGCACUUCAUAAUCCAAAACCAUUCCUGAAUAAAUAUCCAUCACAAAAGCAGCACCAACUAAACUUCUGUGACCUCUGUUUGGUGAACUUCACUCUCCUCUGGUGGCAGGAGACUAUGCCUGUAGCUUGCAGCAGACACGCAGAGACUUCCCUCCCCUCCCUGUCACACAGACACUCCACCUUCCUUGUUCGGAGCUACACCAAACUUGCCUCCUCCCUUAGGUGUCAUGUCCUCCACUCCCUCCUUCGGCAUGGCAGGGAGCCACUUCAUGGCCCCUUGCCAUAUCAAGCACACACACCCUUUGUAGACAGAGCCCUCUCCUUUGCAAUUCUCCGAGCGACUCCCCAUUUUCUCAUCCUCGAAAAAACUUCUCCUCUGGGCCCUUGGUACCCUCUCUCUUCCUCAGUCUCUCUGUCCCUUCACACAUCCACACAAUGGUCCAAAGCUGGCUGCCAAGUGCAGGGCAGGACCCUAUUCACCUCCCUCCUCCACUCACGGUACCACACCCACUUCCAUAUCUACACUGACGGCUCCUGCCUCACUAGCCCUCCAUCCGUCGGUGCAGCCAUUUACAUCCCCUCCAGGUCCCUUGCCACUGCCUGGCGGUUACUGGCCACUGCCUCCAUCACCACAGCGGAACUGUUCGCCAUCAAAGAGGGCCUUCAAUUUGCCACCACCCUUGCUGCCCCUUGCAAAAUAGCCCUCUUUUCAGACUCUCUCUCUGCCCUCCAAAUCAUAAAUUCCCACCGCCCACACUCCCACCACAACCUCACCCUUAUCAUUCAUCACCUCAUCCUCCACCUGACCUCCCUGGGACACACCAUCCAUCUUCAGUGGGUGCCGUCCCAUGUCAGUGUCAUGGGAAACAUGGUGGCUGACAGGGCAGCAGCAGAGGCACACACCCAUCCCUCCCCUAUUGACUUAGCUACUGACCAGACAGACUUCCUAACUGACCUCAAGACAGCCUGCAGGAGACACUGGUAUACAACAUUGACUGACGCUUUACAGCACACCUCAGUGGGACAAAUUAGAUAGGACACAAGACACCACUGGUGGACCUACUCCCCCAACCGGACACUGGACACAGCAGUCACCAGACUGAGGAUUGGCCACACCCGCCUCAAUCCCCACCUGCACAGGCUGGGCAUGACCGACUCUCCCCACUGCUCCUGGUGACCUACCUAGCCUGACACCCGAGAACACCUGCUCCUGCACUGCCCUCGUCACCACUCACACCGUGUGGCCCUCCUCCAUUCACUGUCUGCUAUUCACCCACACAGGCCAACACUGACUAACCUCCUGUGUGGCUGCAAAAAUACCACUCAGGCUUUCAAGACCCUCAACCUCACCAGGAUCU